GCUGCUGAGACAGACAUCCCGUCCACUCACCCGCGACAACGCUAGAAUUGCCACUGGCGAACGUCACAGCGUGCAUAGCGUUCAACGAGCACGAGCAUCCAGAGCCCCUCCUCGCAUUCUCGCAUUGCAUAGCGACCGCUCUCACCACGCCCGCCCUGGGAACACACGACGCUGAAGUUUUAUGAGCGACCACCGCCACACCAGCGCUGCCUAUCUAUACGUCCCAUAUCCACUAGCCACUGCUAUCUAUCCAGACCACCGCCAGAUCCAAGGGCGCGCCCCCCGACUCGCCGUGCAAUCUCCCUCCACGACUAUUCCGGUCAAGGGCUGGUCUCCACUGCCGUACUCGUACUCCCCAUUGAACCCGCUGCAUUCGCUCAAGCAGCAUCACCAUCCGCACAAACUGCCCUCGCCCCUGCCGCUGCAGCCCUUCUUGCAGCUCGCGCGCAUCGACGAAGUGUAUCCCCACGCCUCGACCGCCACGCCCGUGCCCACCACCACCACCACCGUCAUCGUGUCUCCGCACUACAGCCCGCCACCAGAGCGGAAAGAGCCUCGGUCUCUGAAGCAGAAGUCCUUCGUCAAGACGGCGCUCACGCGUCAGCAGCUCGAUGGGCAUAGGGAGCAGGCGUCCAGCGUGCACACCAGCGCGCCUAACAUGACAUCAAAUGAUUUGCGGAAUAGCAACUCCACGGCGACCAAACGAGACGAUGCCAAUAUCACGCCUCAGCGCCUCCAGCGCCCCUCAAUCGUAUCGCAGCACUCAAGUUCGGUGCCCUCGACGCCCCUGCAACUUGCUCGCAAGUACGAGUCGCGCUCGCGCUCCCCGUCCCCCAACGGUGGCUUGGGCAGCCACUCGCCGCGCUCUGUAUCGUCUGAGGCGAACAGCACCAUGCCGACGUUGCGUCUAGGGCGGCCUUUCAGGUGCAAGUACGAGACAAAUGUUGGGUCGUUAGGACGACGACGAAUGCCAUACGAGUCGUCAGAUAUCCUUGACAAGGCGAAAGAUGAGCCGAAGAAGACGUUGAAUCCCCAUGAAGAUGACAAACUCAGCGGCGACAUGCGCGAACUGUACGAUCGGUUACAGCCAAGCCUGGAGAACACCCACAAACGUGACCAUUUUGUCCAGAAGGUGCAACACAUACUUGAAACAGAGUUCCCUGGCAACUUGUCCAAGGUGCACGUCUUUGGCUCAUCAGGCAACAUGUUGUAUACCACUGACAGCGAUGUCGAUAUCUGUAUACAAACGCCCAUGAUCUCGUUGGAAGAGAUGCACCCCCUCGCUGAGGCUCUUGAUAAACAUGGCAUGGAACGCGUUGUCUGUAUACCACAGGCCAAGGUUCGGAUAGUAAAAGUCUGGGAUCCUGAGUUGGAGCUCGCCUGCGAUAUGAACGUGAACAACGUAGCUGCACUCGAGAACACGCGGAUGAUCAGGACGUACAUUCAGAUCGACGAACGUGUACGACCGUUGGCCAUGAUUAUCAAACAUUGGACGAAGCAACGCCUACUCAACGAUGCUGGCAUUGGCGGAACCAUCAGCUCGUAUACCUGGAUCUGCUUAAUCAUCAAUUUCCUCCAGACUCGAAAUCCGCCAAUUCUUCCAGCUUUACAUAACCUCCCUUUUCGAGAGGUUGACAGAACAACAGGUCAGCCAUCGCAUUCUGGUUUUGCUGAUGACGUUGAGAAACUUCGGGGUUUCGGCGAUGCGAACAAAGAAAGUGUAGGCCAACUACUCUUCCACUUUUUCCGGCUGUAUGGCCACGAGGUAGACUACGAGAAAGAGGCUAUUUCAAUUCGGCAAGGGAAACGCAUUCCAAGAGAAGAAAAGGGCUGGCAUCCAGGAGGUGGGCAAAAGGAAGGCACGAAUCGACUUUGCGUUGAGGAGCCGUUCAACAUCGAGCGUAACCUUGGUAAUUCCGCGGAUGACUAUGCUUGGCGCGGGCUACACCUGGAAAUUCGUCGAGCGUUCGGCCUGCUCGCUGAUGGACAGCAGCUUGACAAAGCGUGCGAGCAGUUUCAAUUCCCUGCCGAGGGGAAACCUAACCCCCUACUUUUCCAGAAGCCGACUUCGAAAAAGGCAACCCUCACUUCCAGUGUACCCAUCCGAAGCAGUCGAGGAGGAUCAAAUCAUCGAGGUGGAAGAGGUGGAUUUAACCUGAAAGGGCAGCACAACAAUGGCAGCCGAAGGUCUUCCGGCAGUCAGCCUUUCGCUCAAGGGCGACCGCCUUUCUUGCACAGUCCGCCAAUCCAACAUGGCUCUGGUCAGGAGUACUUUGCCGUUCCUCGAGGUAUUCACGACCAGUUGCACGAUCAGUUGUAUCAGCAAUAUCAGAUGCUUGAGAUGCAGUCGAAUUCCUUGCGCGCUCAACUAGCUGCACAGCAGCAUGCCCAGCAAGCGCACCGUGCAGCUCAGAUGCACGCGCAUGCUGUUGCACAGGCGCAAGCACAACACUACGUACCUAAUGGCACGAACGGAUCUCCACAGAAGUCGCCAUACGUCAACGGAAGAUCAAGCCCUAGAUUGGCUGAGCUUGGCAUCCCACCAAACGCUCUUCCACAAGGAUUCUUGUAUCAAUAUCCUGGAUUCUUCAGCACGCAACAUCCGGGCGCUAAUCCUCAAGAUUCGGUGCGGACGAACCCAUCUUCUCCGUCACUGAGCAAUAGUAUGCCUGGUGCGCGCCGAGUUGUCCACCGGGCUUCAAAUGCUAGUGAUACAAGCGUUAACCGCUCUCAGUCACAACCUGCGCGUGGAUUGCCACAGCAGCCUGUGUUGGCUAGCUAUCCUCCUAUGCCGCAGUUCUACGACCCUGCCACGCUCGCUGGGUACCCUGUUGCGCGCUCAUCUCAAGAUACACCAGAAACGCAAUCAACCUCGGACACGCAAUCAAGCCCUCCUUCGAACAGUGCGGAACCCGCGAACUCAUCACUCUCCAGCACACCAAAGGAGUAUGUUGGCUACUACGUUGCAGAUCAGCCUCCAGUACGGUCACUUCACGACUAUGCUGUUGGUGCGAUACCAUCGUUCAGCGAGUUGGCGCAGCGAAAGAAACGAGUAUCGUCAGAGAUCACGCAGCCGCUUCUCAGCACUGCCCUGCGGCGAGUGUCUCGUUCGCCUUCUCCUCUUCGCGGCCAUGUUAGGAACGACUCCAUAGGACCACCUGCAGCUCUGCCAGUCAAUGAGCAACGCAAGGCUCGUGUAGAUUCUGUUCGUCCCCCUCCAGAUCUUGGGCCUGUCAUUGUCAACGGCUCCUUCCCGACACCACCUCGUGAUCAGUUCAGGAACGAACUGGCAGAGAUCGUUCCAACAUUGGACAAUCUAGGCUCUUCAGCCAUUGGUGUGUACGCUAGUCAACCAGGCUUGCAGCAGAACACACAACAACAGAUCAGAGAACUCCAAGCGCGACAGCAGCUCGUCCUCGAAGAGAUGCAGAGACAAAGUGCAGCGAAUAUGAUGAGCAGCUCGAUCGUGAACGAAUCGACAAAGGGCAACUCUCCAGUGGAAGCCAAUGGUCUGGCACGUGUUCCUAAUGAGGAUCGACAGCCCUUCCCAGACAUACCUGACGACAUUAUGAACUACGAUGCUAAGAAGGAUCGACACACUCACAUUGAGGAUGUAUCUCCAAAGCGAGAUCUUCCUCCAUGGCGAGCUACUGCACUGCCGAACGGCCUUUCGUCUCUGGACACAGCAAACGCACCCCGUGCUCCACCUCAGGAGAUCAAGACCGCCAACCUACCACUGCUCUCGCCAGUGUUUGAGAAGCGCACACCCUCACCGACUGCUCAUAGGCAAUCGGAAAACAACAAGACGACAAACGGCACUAAGGGUCACAGCAAAGAGCAUCAUCAGCAAAGUCGCCGCGCCUCACUCCCAAAGCAGUCGACGCCUAAUAAGGACAACGGUCGCGGUGCCCAGAACAAGUCCAAUGACAAGGGUCAGAAAUCAGGCUCAACGACUAACAAUGCUGGCUCAUGGCAAAAUCCACAGGGCCGAAGGAAGAAGAAUAGCCGGAAAAAGACACCAGAGCAAAAAUCGGCAGGCGAACCAUUACCUGCUAACAGUUCAGAGCGUAAGGGUGGGUAGAUAAUACGUUAUU